AUGCACGGAAUCCGCCGGGAGGACGUCUACAAGACUCCCGAGGAGGAGAAGGCGUUUGCCAAUAAACUUGAAAAGGGGUUCAAGUUGCUGGAUUCCUUUGUCGCCAGCGUCCGUGAGAGCGACUCAACCGUGUCACCGUCCUGCGGUGUUCUUGAGGAUGCCGAUGAAGCCGACCGCAUGUUCGCACUGUCGACUGCGAUAAUCGAUUUCAUGCCGGAGUUCUAUCCAUCUUGGCAUUAUCGCAAGAACUACUUUUUGCAGCCGCGUUUGGGCGAGGAGCGCCUGCGCGCACUGCUGGCUGACGAGCUGUCGUUCAGCGAAUCCGUGCUGAAAACUUCGCCCAAAUGCUACGCCGUGUGGCAGCAGCGCCUGUGGGUAUUGACUCUCAUGUUCAACAUGCGGUGUGAGGAUGUGGGCGAUAUUUUGCGUAAGGAGCUUUCACUCUGUAUGAUGCUCUUCCGCUUGGACGGCCGCAACUUCCAUGGCUGGGGCCACCUUAACUACGUGCGCCACUACCUCAAGCUGUUGGAGAGCGAUAGCGCCAACGUUCCCCCCCUUCCCGUGGACAAGCUGUGUUACACCGAGUUCAGCAAGCUCAUUGAGAAGAACUUCUCCAACUAUUCCGCGUGGUUCCAUCGCGGAAUGCUGUCCGAGAACUGCGGCUGCGUUUCGGACGAUUUGGAUAAUUUGACCCCCGCCAUCUACACUGACCCGAACGACCAGUGCCUGUGGCACCAUUUCGACUGGCUGCUGUACCGCCGCAACGCUCUGCGCUACUAUCUGGUGCGCUGCUGCUACUUUGAGGAGUCACAGAGUUUCGUGUUCUUCUUCAACGAAUGCGUCAGCCUGUCGACAACCGACAGCUUCAUCAGCGUCACCUCUCCAGAUGGCAACCAUGCUAAGUUAGACGGAAGCUGGUCGGCUGUGAGCUCGUCACCUCGCCAAAGCAGGUUGAGUUCAAUCUCUGUUCCGGAGUAUGCUUGGAGAUUCACCUUAACGGCACCGCUUAGCACGAACCCAUCUACGUGCAUCUCCCCGUCGCUGAUGGUAGAGACCGACGAGCGAACCGUGGAGUCGUUUUACUCCCAUCUGCGCCACCUGCCUAAGUGCAACAGGACAUCCGACACCCGAGACGUGCCGAACCCACCGCCGUGUCUUUUGUGCCUACGGUACAAGCUUCAUCUGUCAGAAUCCGGAGAACUGCCCAUAGACCUGGAUUCCUUAGAGUUCAUGCGCAGCAACAUGGCCAGCUGCAGUGGAUGGGAGGACUUGUCCGGUGUCUUACGUGCACCCGUGCUCCUGCCUGGUUCGUCACGCAUAGUGUCCCUCGGUAAAGACAUCACCCCCGCCAUACUGGAGCAGCAGCUGGAGAUGAUCGACACGCUGGUGGGUAUGGGAACCGAGUCUAAGUAUCUCCAUCUCGCCAGACACAAGAUCCGCCGCCAUCUCGGGCAACCAAGCGACGCAGACGAGUGCUACCAGCAUGUAACGCGCAUAGACGACAUUAGAGCACGCCUCCACAGCGACAUGUUGCUGGUAGCCAAGGUGCAAAGCGCCCUCGACGCAAGUGCGGCAGCGGGCUCCACCUCCGCAAGUCUGAGCGGCAUGGGCAUCCGGAGGCUACCUUACCGAGCACUGAGCCCUCAUUUCACGCUAGAAGAGUUGGAUUUGAGCGACAACUCGCUGUGCGAAGGCUCCCUCAUCGACAUCGGAAUCUGCCUUCUACUGCGACUCCACACGAUAUCGCUGGCUCGCAACGGGCUUAAGCGUCUGUCAAGCACGCUUGAAGUUUUGCGCAACCUAUCGAGGCUGAGACGGCUCGACCUAUCAGGGAAUCCGCUGGAUUCUAUGGACCAAUGUACACCCAUUUUCGUUCCGGAGUCGUUGAUGGAAAUAGACAUCAGCGACACACCCCUUGCAGCCUUUCUGCUGGACGAUACGGAGCAGCACGGCGCCGCAACCGUUGUGCCACGCAAGUACCCGAUUCUGGACGGCUUUGAGGUACAUUUCGAUGAACCGGGCUCGGCAACAAGCCACCGCGUUCCAUCGUCCGUGUCUGGCGCCGCCCCGGUCGCUGCGGUUCUGAAACGUGCGUCCGGGCGCCCGCGUUGA